AUGCUUAGCAUCUUCGAGCGCGCCACCGCAAACCCGCCCCCGUCCACGCAAGGACGAGAUCAAGAUGCUGCGACUCCUGGGGGCCCCGACGCUCCCCUCAGCCCCGUCCGCAACGAACUCCGAGGUGAAUUGGAGCGGACCCCGCUUUUCCUCGACUCUCCUAUCAUGAAUGUCGCUCUACGACGCCCACGACCCAGCGACGACAACUACACUGAGGUUCAGCGAAAGCGUCACAGAGACGAAGCGAACGCGGUCGCCACUAGCGCUGGGGUUGACCGGGAGGAGCUGAUGCGCUUUGCAGAGCUCCCAAGUCCUGCCCACAUGUUAAUCCAUCUCAAGGCUGAUUCCAUGCUGAGCAGGAAGCAUGAUCGCCGGGACGAUCUCCUUAAGCACGUCAUGACGGGCGACUUCGAGAUCUCACUCUCCUACCGCAUUCAAGUAUGCUUCUUGGCUCCCAAUAUUCCUUCUUACCUCGACCAGACGCAAGACAGAGUCACGAAUCUCAUGAGGAUGCAUCCUGGGAGUAUGGGCCUCCCUCUUGACAUCCACGAACACUACGGCGUGUUCGAGAAGGCCGCUGGGAAGGUUGCUUUAUUGAAUGCACGAGCUCGUGGGGUCAUUCGCCAGAAGAUCUUGAAAUCGCUCGGCUCUAAGUUGCCGCCUGGAGUCAAGCAUGACUGGAAGAUCGGGAAACCGAAGAAUCUCGUACAGCUGGCGCAGUCGUUGAUUCCCAAGAACACCUCGGUCGCGAUAACCAAUGCCCAUUUGCUCAGGUUUGCUGUGCUGCGGCAGUUGGUGGUCGAUUUCUUCACCGGUCUGCAUGAGGCGCACAAGUGCCCCAACCACGCACCUUCUCAGCCGUCGCCCACCCCCACAACCGGCAGUGACGGCAACGACAACGGCAACGGCAACGGCAACGACGAGCAGGCACCUCAAGCACCCGCGGUGGGCGAAUAUGACCAUAACCAGCUCUGGAAAUAUAUCGAUGCCCAGUUGAACCACCAGAGGAGUCACAUCAGCUACCUCUACAAGGACGACAACGAGAAUCAGGCCCGUGCGUGGCAGAGGUAUCUCAAUGAGCAGCUGCAAUCCGAUCUCGAGAAGUACAAGCCCAAAGGCGCUGGGUCCUCUCCGCUCACCGUUGUCGAGUCGACCCCAUUCCCGUGGCAAGAGACCAUCGAGCAGGCCAUGCUGUGGUACGACUGA